AUGAACGCUACCGCACUGGGAAGGCACGCGGUCCGCGCGGAUGUCGCGACGAUACGGACUCGGUCGGACAGCGUGUCGGAUGAGGGACAACCACAACAGCGCAGCGCGCCUCUGUUGCAGUCACCACAAUACACUGGCGGCAGACCACAACCCUACAAUGCAAGUACCGUCAACCAUGCGCCUGCGACGCGAGCCUGCAGCGAAGACUCUUGCAGUCAGCACAGUCAGCACAGUGAUGCACAGAACGAUAUGGACUUUGGCAGUGGCGGUCCACCGCCGGGUAUGAUGAAGGAUAGACAUGGACCACCGCCUCCUCAUCAUCCGCGUGAUGGUCGCGGUCCCUAUGGCCCCGAAGGCUAUGGCGGAGAAGGUUUCGUUCCACCUCCACCAAUGCAUCAUCCAAUGCCACCACAAAAUCAGGGUGGUCCACCACAACAAGGCGGCGUGAUGAUGGUGUAUGGACUGGAUCCGACUACAGCCAACGCAGACAGAUUGUUUAAUCUAUGCUGCCUCUAUGGAAAUGUUGUUAGGAUAAAGUUCUUGAAGACAAAGGAGGGUACGGCAAUGGUUCAAAUGGGUGAUCCCGUCUCUGUGGAACGAUGUGUGCAAAACCUCAAUAAUGUUACAGUUGGAGAUUACACGCUAACACUCGCGUUCUCAAAGCAAGCAUAUUUAUCCGAGGUGAUGAACCCCUACCCACUGCACGACAAAUCUCCAUCAUUCAAGGAUUACGUGAGCAACAAAAACAAUCGAUUCCUCACACCGGCUUCCAUACACAAGAAUCGGAUACAGCCGCCUUCUAAGGUGGUGCAUUUCUUCAACACUCCCCCAGAUGUGUCGGAAGAACAGCUGCUAGCAGUAUUCACAGACUACGGAGUCACUUCUCCACACACUAUCUCAAAGUUCCCGCUUAAGAGCGAAAGGUCAUCAUCAGGACUGAUGGAGUUUCAGAACAUAUCGCAGUCAGUGAUGGCCAUCAUGGCUUGUAACCACGCUACCAUCAACCACCCAGGUGCGAAAUUCCCGUUCGUUAUGAAACUGUGUUUCUCGUCGUCGCGACAGAUCGGCCAGGGCAAAGGCCAGAACCAGAAUAAGAACCACAACCUGAAACAGGAGGAGAGCCAGAGACAAGGCCAGAAUAAUGGAAUCGAACACGAUUACUAG